CUCAGCUGCUCUCCCUCCCCUCCCCUCCCCUCUCUUCCCGUGGACGGUGUUGCUCUCUCUCUCAUUCUCUCUCUCCCUCGCAGUCUGGUGGAGCCGCACACAAGGAUUAGAGGGUGGCUGUGAGUGUCUGCUCAUAGAGAAGAAACCAGAAGACAGAAAAGAGAUUUUUUUUAAAAAAUCUAGGAAAAGGACAGCCUUUGCUAUUGUGGAUAAGUGAUCUGAUUUAUCUUCACACAGGCUCUACCUUUCAUCUCCUUCACAACAAGCUGAAGCCCUGCUGAGCCUUCACCUGUGGGGGGAGAACAGAUAAACCAAAGGACUAUAUAGCCUGGACCUCCACACGGGGAGCCAUGUGAGCGGCUCCCCUCCACCCACUUCACACUACAGAAGUCCUCCUCAUCACAAUCUGCACUCUGAGCUGGGGAGCACAACCAGGAUUUCUUCACUCCCCCCCUCUUCCCUGGAUCCUCCAACUCUCAGGGCUCGCGUGGACAGACUCUCCAGGCUCGGCGUACCCCAGCGGGAGACAUUCAUCUCUGGGCACCGGUCGGGGUGUUGUGAGUGCCCCCUGGUCUGGAGGCCAGCCAGCAGCACUCCAGCACCAUGGAUUACCUGUUUGGGAUAGUAGUGCUGCUGUGCGGGGCGGUGCAGCCGGGAAGAGGUGCUGAGCCCAGGCACAACGUACCCAGGCUAAAGCUGUCAUACAAGGAGAUGUUAGAGUCCAGUAAUCUCAUCACCUUCAACGGCUUGGCCAACAGCUCGAGCUACGACGCUUUCCUGAUGGAUGAGGAGCGAGGGAGGCUACUGGUCGGAGCCGAGGACCACAUCUUCUCGUUCGACCUCGUCAACAUCAACAGAGACCACAAACAGAUUGCGUGGCCUGCCACCCCCUCUAAGAGAGAUGAAUGCAAGUGGGCAGGGAAAGACUUUGGGGAGUGUAAUAACUUCAUCCGGGUCCUCCAACCCUACAACCAGACCCACCUGUACAUCUGUGGCACAGGCGCCUUCCACCCCAUCUGUGCUUUUCUGGAAAUGGGCAAGAGGGCAGAGGACAACAUCUUUCGACUGUCCUCGCAUUUCGAGAACGGCCGCGGGAAGAGCCCCUACGACCCCAGAAUGCUCUCGGCCUCACUUCUGAUCGAUGGAGAGCUGUACUCUGGCACAUCUGCUGAUUUCAUGGGAAGGGACUUUGCUAUUUUCCGUACCCUGGGAGAUCAUCAUCCAAUCAGAACGGAGCAGCAUGAUUCAAGAUGGCUGAAUGACCCCCGCUUCGUAGGCGUGUACUUGAUCCCGGAAAGUGACAACCCUGAAGACGACAAGAUCUUCCUGUUUUUCAAAGAGAACGCCAUGGACGGAGAGCACACUGGCAAGGCCACCAUCUCCAGGAUAGGACAACUGUGUAAGAAUGAUAUGGGAGGUCACAGGAGUCUAGUGAACAAGUGGACCACUUUCCUCAAGGCCCGGCUAAUGUGUUCAGUGCCCGGCGUCAACGGCAUUGAUACACACUUCGAUGAGCUUCAGGACGUGUUUCUCAUGAGCUCCAAGGACCCGAAGAACCCAGUUAUCUAUGCCGUAUUCACCACAUCCAGUAACAUCUUUAAAGGCUCGGCGGUGUGUAUGUACAACAUGGCAGAUAUCAGGAGGGUUUUCCUGGGACCCUACGCCCACAGAGAUGGACCCAACUAUCAGUGGGUUCCUUUCCAAGGGAGGGUGCCUUACCCCCGGCCUGGCACCUGUCCCAGUAAGACAUUUGGAGGAUUCGACUCCACCAAGGACCUCCCCGAUGAUGUCAUCACCUUCGCUAGGGGUCACCCAGCCAUGUACAACCCAGUGCACCCGAUAGGCGGACGUCCCAUCAUGGUGCGGACAGACGUGGACUACCAGUUCUCCCAGCUGGUGGUGGACAGAGUGGAGGCAGAGGACGGACAGUAUGAUGUCAUGUUCAUUGGGACAGACGUGGGCACCGUACUGAAGGUGGUGAUGAUCCCCAGAGAGAGCUGGCAUGACCUUGAAGAGGUGGUGCUGGAAGAGAUGACUGUCUUUAGGGAGCCUACACCCAUCACUGCUAUGGAGCUGUCCACCAAGCAGCAACAGCUGUACCUUGGCUCAGCCCUGGGUGUAUCGCAGAUGUCUUUACACCGUUGCGAGGUGUAUGGGAAAGCUUGUGCUGAGUGCUGCCUGGCUAGAGAUCCUUAUUGCGCCUGGGACGGCACUGAGUGCUCCAGAUACUUUCCUACCGCCAAGAGGCGAACCAGGCGACAGGACAUCAGAAAUGGAGACCCUCUGUCCCAGUGCUCAGACCUCCAGCAUCACGAAGACAUGGAUGGCUUAGGAGGCAGCGUGGAGGACAGGAGUGUGUACGGCGUGGAGAACAGCAGCAUGUUCCUGGAGUGCAGCCCCAAGUCUCAGCGAGCCCUCAUUUACUGGCAGCUGCAGAAGCCCAACGACGAUCGCAAGCACGAGAUCAAACAAGAUGACAGGGUGCUCCAUACAAACCAGGGCCUGCUCAUACGCAGUCUGACCCAGUCUGACACGGGUAUCUACCACUGCCAGGCGGUCGAACACGGCUUCAUCCAGCCCCUACUGCGCCUCAACCUCCAGGUCAUCCCCACCCAGAAGCUGGGAGACAUCCUCCCUGGACUUUCAGGCGCAGCAGGCGGUGCGGGUCACUCUGCCAAGCACAGGCUGUGGUAUCGAGAUUUCCUGUCUCUCUUAGACCACCCAGACCUCAACAGCGUGGAGGAGUUUUGUGAUCGAGUUUGGAAGAAAGAGCGCAAACAGAAGAGGGUGAAGACGCCUAACGGUCAGGGUAAACCUGACUCCGGCAGCGGGACUAAAUCUGCAUUACAGCCUAAAGCUCCCAGCACCCAGAAGCAGCAAGCCAGUCCGCCACAGAGCAGGCCAUGGCUCCAGCCGGGAGGUCCCACGGUCGAAGGCCAAACACGGAGCCAGAAUACCCAGAAGGGUCAACAAAACCUGGGUAUGUUGAGUGGCCAGACACCUAAAAACAACCAGAAGACACAAAAUGGCCAGAGGGGGCAGGGCGGCACGGGUGGCUCUCAGGUCGUGGUGGGGUCUCGGGCGAGCAGCCAGCACACGGCCAAGUGGAGACGGAUGCAAGAAAAUAAGAAGGGACGCAACAGGAGGACCCAUGAGCUUCAAAGACCCCCACGUAGCGUUUGAGGAAAAAAAAGCACAGGGAUGCGCACAUGCAACCAGAUCUACACACACAAGCACAAACCCACGCAUCCACACAUGUACACACAAGCACAUUGUGUAUCCAAUGUAUGAAUCAGUGACCUCACCACAACAACAGCAGAAAACCCAUGGAAAAAAAAUCAGAAACACACAUUUCUAGGUAGAAAUACAUGAACUGCACAACAACAAUAAAGCUGCCAUUGAAGGACAUUUACACGAAUGCACAUAACCUGUGAAGAGGACAAAGACAAAUGGAGGACUGAAAAACUGGAAUGCAUACUGUAAAUGUGUGAGGAUAUGGCUGGUUGCCUGGGAUACCGCCUGGCAGACACUUCAACGUCCUGUACAUAAGCUACUAAAAUAAAAUUGGGACAAAAAUGUUUAGGUGUUUGUUGGUAAGCAGACAGACUUUGUUUUGAGAGGACAGCUGUGGAGACAUUCACAGAGUACGUGGACAUGUAUGGAAGCAGACAUUAUGCAUUCGCUGCAGCCCGCUGCCCCUCUUUGACCUGAGCAUGUGAACCGCAAGACUGUGUACAAGGAAUGGAUUAAAAAAAACAAGAAAACCCUCUUAUUUUGGAGAACUGUUUGAGGAGAAAAUAACCUCCCGUCUAGACAAACAACAGCAGCCUCAAAGGAGAAAAGGGACGGGUCGCAGUUCACCUCGAGGUGUGCACAGCUUGACACAUUGUGACACUGCAAAGUCUCCGCCCGCGGUGGAGACAACAUGCUUCAUCGUAACCUUCUCCACCUGAGGCUGGGAAAGCAUUGUGCAUGUUGUUGUCAAUCAAUGUGUUAAUAAGCUAGUUAUUUUACGGAGUUCUAGAGGCUUUUUUUUUUCUUUUUUUUUUUUUGUUACCAUCCUACCUGAAGCAAAAUGUUACAUUUUUCCUUUUAUAUUUACUUUUGUUUCCAGACCAGUGCUUCUAUUUUGGGGGCAAAAGAAAAAACAAAAAUCACAAGAAAACAUAGUAGUCUCAUUGUGCAUUAUCCCGCCAGCUCAAGGAUUCUCUGUAAGUUAUUAUGUUGAUGCUCUUUCUGGGAUUUAUAGAACCUGAGCACGAAUUCCAGUUGUAGGCUACGCUCAAAGACGCAGACUGAAACAGACUGUCAGUCAUUUUGUGUACAUAUAUACAACGAACUUAACUCUCUGUGUAUAUACAGUGCAUAUACAGUACAAGAACACCACUUGAUUAUUAUUUAUUGCUCAUUGUUUUGUGAAAGGGUUGCAUUUAUUUUUGAUAUUAUGGUAUUUUUUUGGCUCAUCAAUAUAUUGGAGAAACAAUGGCAACAGCAACAGCAAGAAAACUUUGAUGGACCAACUGGCUGAAAUCGUGUCAAGGAAUCCAUUUUUUGGGGAUAAAAGGGUUGAAAAUAACCGAAGCUUAGGAGCACGAGUUCAGGGAUUUGUGUCAGUAACUAAAUCCCUCUAACGAUAAGCACAAUUUUGUCUCUUUUGAAUUUCAUGACAGAUGAUUUCUUUAUUUUUCCCUUUGUCCCAAAUCCUUCCAACAUGUCUUUAUUCAUCCAGUAGCCAUUAUGUGUAAGAUAAUUCCCCGAACUGAAAAACAUUAGCUGUGAAUCUCUGUAAGAAAUAGUGGAGAAAAAUGUUAAAUCUAGUCUGAAGGAGAAGACACGUUAUACUGCAUGUGAAUGCUACCUACAGUAAGUGCAUCUUUUUUUAUCGUCUCUUUACGUGUUUCGUGUGACAGGUAAAGUUAAAGCAAGGUGUUCUGCCAAAAACAGAGACAUUAGCGAAUCAUGACACUCUGGCCAAAGCUGUGUAACAUCCAAGCUCCUUAAUCUUCGAUUCAACAAUGGUACCCCCGCGUCUCCCGCGUCUCCCCCGUGUCCCC